CCGAGCCUAAACGAACAAAACGUAUUUUUCGAAUUGAUCGCAAGACAGUAGACAAAUUAUCAAAAUAGUGAUUAAACGCUUUGGUUUUUGGGAAAACGACAGCAAUUAAAUUCGAUUACUUGUUUGGAAAACUGAAAUUGGCGCAGUGAAAAAAUGGAAUGGUCUUUGAUUUGGAUAGCAUCGAUUGUCAUAAAAUCGCUGAAAUUGCUCCUCAAUUUGGGCAUCAUUAUAAUUUAUCGCAUCGGCUCCGGUGGUAAUUUUCUUGGCGUUGGUGGCACAUGGAAUCUGUGGGAGGAGAAAAGUGCCGGUUGUGAAAUAUUCGCUUCCGGUGUCUUCGUUGGCUUUAUUGUCUAUACAGGCGUGCAUACGAUUGCCUACUUCUUUGGUCCCAACAAAUACAGACACGAACUCACCGACACAAUCAUGAACGUGGUCGGCACCUUUUUGUGGACUCUAGUCGGCGGUAUUGCCCUUCACUACUGGGUCGGCUACAUGGACACUAUGGACUACUCAUAUUUGAGCGUACAACAUGUGCCUAUUACGGCGAGUAGUGAUAAGUUAGUUGGCAUUAUAAUGGGCUCAUUGUGUAUUGUCGAGGGCGCUUUGUAUUUGGUGGACACGGUGAUGAGUUGUCUGCACUACUCAAAGGGUGAUACUGAUUACACGGGUGUAGCGCGUUAAAGCUAUAGAAAAUUGCCAUAACCUCCACGCACAUGCAUAUACACACAUUCAAAUACAUACAUUCAAAUGACAAAUUACAUACCCAGAACUUAUGCGCAACAACAAAAGUUUCAUAAUUGCAUAGAAUACCUGAAGACAUGCAGAUUUCUCUCUACCGUCUACUAGCAUUUAUACAUAUACAUACACAUAAAGACAACGCUGCCUAAGAUAGUUAAUUUCAAGUUGGCAGAAUAUUUAGAGUUAAGUAAAAAUAGAGAUACAUACAUAUUCAUGCAAUUAUUUGCAUAUAAAUGCUGAAUUAUUAUACAUAGUACAUAGAUUGUAUGAAAAAUAUUUCAUUUUAUAUUGGUAAUAUAGGCAUUUUGCAUCUAAAUCUGCCAAGUAAGAUCCAUCAAUCGUAAUAGUUAAUAAAAAUAAUUCUAAAAAAAAAUCAGCUAGAAGAGAAAGCAUUAUACUUUUUCCCAUGGUGGAAUUAUACCACGUGAAAUAAUUAGAGAGAGAAGAAAAAUUUCGACACUGCCUUAUUUGAAAAUUUCCUUAUAAAAUUUG